AUGAAGAAGAAAUAUGUCGCCAAAAGAUGUAAGAACUGUAAUCGGAAAAAAACGAAUACGGAAUAUUAUCAAAGCAUUAAAAAUACAUGCAAGAAAAAACAAAUAAUCAGAAGACAGAAGGAAUUUGCACUCAAUAAGUAUGAAAAUAACUCGUACAACUAUGAAAUAAAGAAUUACAAAAGCAAACUAAUAAUCAAUGUAAGUUGUAAAAGUUGUCAAGGGACAAAUGACCCUUUUACUCAGGAUAGGACAAACAGAGAAAUGUAUCAGUCGAACUAUGAUGAGUGUAAAUGUAUACUCUCUUUGAAAAGAGAAAAACACUGUCCUAUAAACACAACAGAUUGUGUAUGUAAAUGUUUUGUGAGCAAAACUAUAUCAGCUAGAGAAGGAAGACGUCGUUUCUUUGAAAUUUCCACACAUGGUCAAGUUAAACCAGAGUCUUUAAAUAGAUACAUUACAGAAAGAGUAAAAAAAAGAGAAGAGAAAAGCGUAAAAGAAGAAUCUGUUAAAAAUAUAGACACUCAUAUAAAAAAGAAGGUAUCAUGUAAAAACGGUAGUAGAGAAUAUAAAGAAUGCAAAACAUUUAUAAAUACUAUGCACCAGGCAUAUAUUAAAAAUUGCAAAAAUAGCUCUAAUGAACGUCCUGCUAUUUCCUCUUCUGCUUUUACAAACAGUAAACAAAAUAAUCAUGAUUUAUUUCAUCAGAAACAUACUAAAGAAAUGGUAAGCGGAAAUGGAAUAAGAGAAAAUGCGGUUCCAAUUAUAGAGGGGGAUAUUAAAUUGUUAGGGAAAGGGAACAAAGAAAGGGAGAAAUACAUGAAUAGAAAUAAGUGUGACGAAAUGAAUGAAGACCGAACAGCUGUCAAUAUAACCGAAACAACUACUGACAGGCUACAACCUGAAGAAAUAUAUACAAAAAAAAAUCGUACUAUAGAACUUGUAAAAUUAUUUAACAGUAAUAAUAAUAUAACAGAAAAGAAGAGCUUAUUAACAUACAUAAAUAAUUUGAAAUUUACAGAUGAGGAAUAUGAACGGGAAAGACUACAACACGAAUUACAAAAUUACAGGUUUGUUCAUAUACCAAAGAAGCAGGGAAAACAGAAGCAGAUUAAUAACAAUACUGUAACACCCUCCUUAAAUGACAAGUAUAGAAAGAAUUUAAUUUUUAAUGCAAUUUAUAAAAAUUAUCUGAAAAAUAAAAAUAAAUGUGCUGCAACAUUUGUAAAAAAAAAUAGUUUUGGUUCGAAGGAAGCGGUUAUGAAGCGUGUAUUGAAUUUACUGGAGCACUCAAGGGAUAACGUCUACAAAGGGGCAGGCCAAAAUUGGGAUAGGAGAAAUAAUAUCAGUACUAGUGCCAUUACUGGAAGUGGUACUAUUGGAAGUGGUACUAUUGGCAGUAGUGCUAUUGGCAGUGGUACUAUUGGAAGUGGUACUAUUGGAAGUGGUACUAUUGGCAGUAGUGCUAUUACCUGUGGAUAUCAUGACAACUGCGGAGGGUGCAGGACGGCGGGGGGAAUGCUCAAGCACUCAGUAAAAAACAACGUGGCGUGGACGAACCCCACAUGGCAUUUUCAACAACUCAGCAGAAUAAACAUAAAAAGGAAAGUAAAGUAUUUGAAAAAAAAUCGAAUUGUGAAAUUACUUGCAAAGAAUAAUAACAUUUUAGUAAAUGGUUUAAGAAUAUAUCCAAAUGAAGAGAGAUAUAAAAAUGUAAUAUCAAAUAUAAGAAAUGUACUAGUCAGAAGAAGAGAUAUUUUAAGUUUACCAAAAUUUCCUAUUAGUUUAUAUGAGUUAGAGAAUUAUAAAUUUAAAUUAAAUACAAGUAUUGAAAUACCAGCAUUAAAAGUAGAGAGUGAAGACAUCAAUUUUUUCAAAUACAAAAAUACAUGGUAUGAAUUGUUCUUUUAUAAUAAUCAUAAUAAUAAAAAUACUUUAUAUAACUAUUUAAUAAUGCGACUAAAUUUUGAGCUUAUGGUAAAACAAAUAAAAGAUAUUGUAAUUGUUGAUAUAAAUACCAUACAUUUUAAUUACCCUUAUAUAUACAAUGCUUAUUUAAUACCACCUAUAAAUAUCCAUAAGACAGAAAACGCCCUAAGGAUACAAAAAAUAACCAGUGAUAAUUCGAUUAUAAACAAUGGGGCAUGGACUUUUUUCAGGAAAGAGAAAAAAAAAAUUAGCACUCAUAGAUAUGAUAGUGGUGGAUAUGAUAGUGGUGGAUGUGAUAGUGGUGGAUAUGAUAGUGGUGGAUAUGAUAGUGGUGGAUGUGAUAGUUGUAGUUAUGAUAAAGGUAGUAUUAGAGAUAAUAGUGGUGGGCAUAAUGUAGCUAAUAAUGAUGAAAGUAUCGACUGUCAUGCUUAUGUCUAUGGAGAUAAGAGAAUAAGAAAACAUUUUAGCUACUUCUUAAACAUGAGGAGAAAUAAAUAUUACAUAGAAAACUGCUCCGUUAAAUCUUCUACUAAAAACUACUUUGCACACUUAACAAAUUACGAUGCCCCUAAAACGAGAUUUAAAAGACACACAGUAAUAAAACACACAGAAGACUGUUUGGGCGAAGAUAAAAAAGUCAAAAAUGACAACAGAAAUAAGGAGAAAAACCGUGAAACGGAUUAUCUUCCUUCAUUUUUGGAAUACCAUAAAAGUGUUAAGCAGGGAAAUGCUAAGGUCGAUGUGAGACGUGUUAGCUCCAUCUUCUGCAUAUGCCCCCAUUUGAGAAACGAUAACGGACCAGGUAGACUACACAAAAUGAAUACAAUCCAGAAUAGUUCUUAUCCUACUAUGGAACAUACAACCCUCAGUAAAUAUAGCGAAUUAAUGUACAAACAAAGAGCGAAAAAUACUUUUCCUGAUGGUACUACACAAUCUGACCUUUCAAAUAUGUUCAUGACAUUUGAGAAUAGUAAAAUUGAGCCUGUCUUCCCCUAUAUUAGCAGAAACCUUUUUUUCCUUUUUGAAUAUUAUAACAAUUACCUGAACAAUGUCAUAUCACUUUUUACAGCAAAUAGUAAAAAGGGGGAAUUUCUUUUUUUAAAUAAAAACAAAAAACAAUUAGCAGAUUCUGUUGCUCAUAAUAAAAACAUAAAAAUGUAUUAUAAAACCUUACAGAAACAAUAUAUAAUAAACGAAAGAGCAAAAAAAAACAUGAUGAAUGGAAUAUAUUGUACCAGGGACAUACAAAGAUGCUUAAGUGGGGGUAGACCAAUAAAUAGAAUUUACCCAGAUAUUAAGGAAAAUCUAAAAUUUGGAAAAAGAAUAACAAACAUAACAGACAUAAACAAUUUUAAAAUAAGAAAUUCUAUUAAUUCUAAAUUAUAUGAUUCCAUUUUUCAUCAUAUAAGAAAAAAAAAUAAGGAAAAAAUAAAAAAAGAGCUAUAUAGUCAAGAUGUGGAAAUACCUAUAUUUUUUUGGAUAAUUUUUGGCGGUAAGGAUAUGAAAUCGAUGGACUCCUUAAAUACUGUGUACAAGAUUUUACGUUAUGCAACUGAGAUACCCCCAUGUGAAUAUGAAAAGUUUAUAAGGAGGUUGAAAAAGAAGAAAAUUAAAAAAAUAUGGCACGAGAGAUCGAAUAAUAGGAAUUCCCAUUAUCCAUAUUCUCAUGACCAUUCGCCUGAUAAACCAACUGGUGAAGAUACAUGUUAUAAUGCAAAAAUUAAAGGAAUACAUAUUACAACAAAUUUCCAAAAAUAUAAGGAAAAGGAAACUAAAAAGGUAUUCAUCUGUGACAAUUUUUUUAGUAGUGAUAUACGGGAAUUCGAAACUUAUACAGGGGAAGGAUCCUGCGGAGAGCCGAAAAAAAAUAUCAUCAGUAAAUAUGUCCGUAAAGAUGUGAAUAAUGAUAUCAGUACCAAUGUGGGGAAACAUGAGACCACAAAAGAGAGCACAAACGACACUAGAGAUAAAAAAGGAAUAAAUAAAUUUCCAGAUUUACCGAAGAAAAUCUUUCACGAUCAAAAUUUGUACGUUACUGCCUCCGAAAUAUACAACAGAAUUGUCACUUACUAUAAAGAGUAUCACGAAAAGGUUGAUACCUUUGGACCCAACAAUUAUGCAGAUUUUUUGGCCUACUAUAAUGAAAAAAAAAAAAAAAAUAGAAAAAGAGAAAAAAAAGAAAAAGAGAAAUGUGGCCAUAAAAAGGGGGUCAAAGGGACAAUCAGGAAGGAUGAACAGUUGGGAGCAGAGUUGCGAGUGCAGCUGGGAGUAAAUUCCGAGGUACAGUCAGUUCUACAGUCGGUGAUACGCGCAGAGGAAAUAACCCAAAGGGAGGGAAAGAAUAGACGUAAUGAUAUUGCGAGUGAUAGGAGUGAGGAAGACAAAAUAGUGCAGAAUGAAAGGGAAAGGAAAUAUUCAAAAUAUUUGGAAAAAAACCAUAAAUAUGAUACCAAAAAUAACUCAUUAAAAGAAUUCGAAAAAGGAGAAAAAAAAAAAAAAAAGAAAAAAAAAUAUGUGGAGAGGUGUAUCCAUAAUUAUACUUCACCUGUAAAGGAAUAUGAAAAUAAUUUAAAAUAUGUAUAUCACGAUAAGAGCGUAAAGUCAGACAGAGAGGAGGACGAAUCAUAUGAUUUAUUUCUCGAAGGAAGUGAAAAUGAAUCUAGCGAUAUAAGUACAGAGGAUGAAUUAUUUAGUUUUAUAUCUUACCACAUGCAAGGAAGAAACCCAUCUUUUGAAAAAAAAGGAAAAAAGGUAAAAAAGGAAAAAUUGAACUACACCGAUAUAUAUGGUCCGAUUAUAUAUAAAAAUAAGAAGAAAAAUGAAAAGAAAGAGGAGAAGCAAAAGGAGAAGCAAAAGGAGAAGCAAAAGCAAAGGCAAAAAGUGAAAUAUGCAUUCUUACUAUUAGAUUAUCCAGCAUAUAACAAUAGCACAGGUCACCCAUCUCCGCUGACCUUUAAAACAAAUGCAUUAACAGCAUUAAAAGAAGCGCUGAAGGAAAUUAAAAAAACAGAUCAUGGUAAUAGUAGCAUAUCAAUUAAUAUGGUAGGGUAUUCCUUAGGGUGUAGUGUAAGCUUACAGCUUCUACUAGAUAUUGCGAAAUGCUUAUACAAUGAUUUUUUUCAAGAUUCAAAUAAAAUUCCUUUCCACAAAAAGGAAAAGGAGCCAAUUAAAGAAUUAAAAAAUGAGGGACAUUUGUAUAUUAAAUUAAACAAUAAUAAGAACAUAAACAAUGAAUAUGUUUAUGAUGAAAAAAAAAUACUAACCUUUCGAGAUAUGUUUUUUCACAAAUUAGACGAUUCUGUUGAUGACUCAUGUACACAUGAAAUAGUGGAAAAGGACAAAUGUAAAAUAAACUGUCACAAAAAAACGAUAUUUAGAAAUUUCCGCCAAGCCCAAAAUUAUGCCAUCGUUUUACCCUCUAAAUUGGGCAACGCAGGAAUUGAAGUGCAAAGCGAGAGCAAUAGGAAUAUCAGAGGCAAUAAUAGGGAUAGUGUCAAUGAAGGAGGUAUCGGAAUACAUAGCGGAGGUAGUAACGGUAAACACAGUGGUGGGGGAAGCUACAAGUUCAAUGAUAAUUUACCAAAAAAAAGUAGUAAUAACGGUAUGGACUUCGCGUAUGAGACCCCGGUGCUUGACAGUAACUACAACAGGUUAAAAUCCCGGAUGAGUGAAAAUUUCAAAAAUGAAAAAACGAGCAUUAAUAAAGUAACACCGAAGAAAAAUGCACCAAUUAACAAAAAAAAUGAUAAAAAAUUUGAAGAAAUUUUGAAAAAUGAUAUAAACAUAACAGUCGAUAAAGUUGUAUUAGUAGCACCAUUUACUAAUACGCAAAAGUUGGUUAAGAGUGUACUAAAUAACAGUAUUUUUUUUCUAUUUAGUUCAUUCAUUAUGAAUAAAAAGUGUUCAUAUGUUCACUGGGACAACAUAAUUGUAUUAAAAGAACUUUUUAAAAUUAUUAAUGAUUUUAAAAAAAACAAAUAUCUGAGUAAAAUUUUUCAUAAUUUACAAAUUGAUUUUAUUCAUGGUCAAAAAGAUACAUUAGUAAAUUAUGAAAUGAGUUUAAAGUUAUAUAAUUUAACAAAUAAACUUAUUUUCAAAUAUGCACUGUCAAAUAUAGAAUGUUUCUUAUAUAUAUUUAAGGAGGAUUGCCAUUCUUCUAUUUUUAAUUCAGACACAGAAAACCGAAUUUUGCAAAUAAUAUUUAAACCGCUCAAAUUACACCCCUUUAGUACAACUAGUAUACACAAAUUUCAUAGUACUCUUUAUAAAGAUAUAUAUUUAUUAAAAACAGUCUACUUACAGUACAUUCAAAAAAUCUCAUCGAAAUUAAUUAAUACGUAA